AUGAAGACCCUCGCCGCCCUUCUGCCUUGCGUGGCACUUCUGCAGCAUGUCGCUGCUCAAGGCGCAUAUCUAUUCACGGUCGAUCCCGAAGCCGGCUCACAGUCUCCGUCGACGUCCAUGAUCGACUCGAAACUGGCCAGCGCGAUUCUUGCCCGACGAAGAGGACUCACGGCCGACCGAAAACUAGAAAUCACAGAGGAGAGUCUGCUCCAGGACAUCAACGCAUAUGGAGGCUACCAAGCACCGCUUUUCCCCGAAGGCCAGCAGCCUACAGAAACACCGGGCAAACUGUUCAUAAGGAUAUCAGGGGUGGACAUGCAGAUCGACGACUUCGACACUGUCAUGCCUGAUCUAUGGAUCCAAGAGCCGGGUCGUGACUUGCUUACGGACUUCAAGGUCAUCCCCAAGAGGCACAAGAAGGACUCGACAUGCGAAUACAUUGUCCCCCCGAGCCUCAACGCAGUCAAUGGGAGAGGAGUUGAAGUUAUAUUUUCAUAUCCAAUGGAGAAUGAGCCGCUAUGUCUUGCGGCCUCGGAAAUCCCAAAUAUUCCUAUUAUUAUGUCGCUGCACGGAUACUUGCCCACGAAUCCGACCGAAGUCAAAGAGAAACUGCCCUCGUUGGUUCGCAUCCUUAAGCAUUUGUCGGCAGCCGACAAUGUCGAGUCUACGUUGCUCUUGCUUCCAUCGAAACUAGGAAAGCAGACGCAUCAACACAAAGUGCGGGCACCCAAAAAGGUCGAAGAGACACCGCUGGAUUUGCCUGCCGACCGCUCGUCUUCUCCCGCCGCCGCGUCCAAUUCCAGUCAGAACUUUACUCUCCCCUCUGUCAUCCCAGAAUGCUUUGCCUCCAAAUCGGCAUGCGAGAACACGACCAAUUCCUGCUCCGGGCACGGCUCGUGCUACCAAGCACAUACCAACUGCUUCAAAUGCCGCUGUGGCACAACAGUGGCGCGGGUGAACGAAGACGGCACAAAGAAGACGAUCCAAUGGGGUGGUGCGGCGUGUCAGAAAAAGGACGUCAGCACGCCGUUUAUUCUCUUUGCGGGCUUUGGGGUGGUGUUGGCAGCCUUGAUUGCCGGCGCCAUUGGCAUGUUGUUCAACAUGGGCAGGGAAGAAUUGCCCAGCGUGAUCGGUGCGGGUGUUGCAGGGCCCAAAGCUGGAAAGUGA